AUGUCAAGUUCUGACAAAAAUUCAACAUCAUACAUUCGUAGGUAUACAAUUGAUCCAGAAAUUUUGAACACAUUUGUUACGUUUUUGGAAGAUGAAGAAAGAGAAACCGAAAGUUCUGCACGGGUGAACAUACCAAGAGCACCAAGAAGGUACAUAGCCAGAAACUAUGCCGAAGUGGCAACCCGUUUAUUUAAUCAUUACUUUGCCCCGGAGCCCGUCUAUCCUCCUGAUUAUUUUCGAAGGCGUUUUCGAAUGCCUAAGGAAAUGUUUAUUAGUAUAGUUAAAGACAUACAAACCUUUAACUCCAUACAACCAUUACUAAAACACUUUCAAUACUUUCACAAUCCUGGUUUCGAUGUUGUGGAGUACCUGAGAAAACCGACACAAGAAGAUGUUGAUCGAGUGACCGCGAAUCAUUUGGAGGUGCAUGGUUUCCGGGGUGUGCUCGGAAGCAUUGAUUGUAUGCACUGGCCAUGGAGAAACUGCCCCACUGCAUGGCAAGGCCAACACACUUGUGGCGACAAAGGACACCCGACGAUUAUGCUUGAAGCGGUUGCUUCAUAUGAUUUGUGGAUUUGGCAUGCUUACUUUGGACCCACUGGUUCGAACAACGACAUCAACGUACUCAAUGAAUCUGACUUGUUCGACCAACUCCUUGAAGAUAGAGCUCCUGUGGUCAACUUUACCGCUAAUGGUGAGCACUUUACAAAGAUGUAUUAUCUAGCCGACGGUAUUUAUCCUGAAUGA